CCUGAUAAUAAACAUUUCCAAUAUGGCGGCGCCCAUGAAAAUAAUUUUGACAGAAACGUUGUGUUCAAGAAAAUUGGCACUCGCCAGCGUGCUUUGCAGAAACAUUUCCGCAUCAACCUCAAACCAAAAGAAGAAAACAACCCAUUUGGAGUGCCAUCCACCUGAAGAUGUGGCAAGGGACUGGAUCGGGCCUCCAGACAAGGUUUCAAACAUCCGUCAGCUGAAGCUGCACAAAGCAGAGAAUGAGACCAUGGCACAGAGGGAGUAUAGGGAGCAGCAGGAGGUCACACGGCACUGGCACCACCAGUUCUGGGAGAAGCAUAAUAAAGACUUUUUUGCUCAGAAGGAGGUGUUCACUCAACAGCGGCUGGCUGAGAAGGCCGAGAAGGGACAUGACGAGAAGAUAACUCCAGAGGAGUUGUCCGAGUUCUAUAAGAAAUUCCUGGAUGAAAACUACAAGGCGCACAUACAGUAUAACAAGGAAUGGUACAAGAAGAAUAUGUCUUUGCUGUGGUCAGCUUUCAAGGUAGCUGUUACAAAUUUAAAUCCAAGAAGAAAGCAAGAAAAGACUAGCCAGAAUAAUACUUGAUGGACAAUACAAUUGCUUUCAACUCGUUUGUUAUAAAAUGAAUAAAGCUCAGUGUAUUGUGA